AGUGUAAACGCUGUCUUGUCAAAAUUCGGUUAAAAUUAAUAUAAGUUUUUCCAAAUUUCGUACGAAAUAUAGUUAGGUUAAGAUUUCCAAUUCUAAUUUAUUCAUAUAAUAAUGGCUAUGCAACCGCAUAGUAAAAAAAGAGUGUGCUAUUAUUACGAUAGUGAUAUCGGAAAUUAUUAUUAUGGCCAAGGACAUCCCAUGAAACCUCAUAGAAUACGUAUGACACAUAAUCUACUUUUAAACUAUGGAUUAUAUAGAAAGAUGGAGAUAUAUAGGCCACAUAAAGCAACUGCUGAUGAAAUGACUAAAUUCCACUCGGAUGACUACAUACGUUUCCUUCGCUCCAUCAGACCAGACAACAUGUCAGAGUACAAUAAGCAGAUGCAGAGAUUUAAUGUUGGUGAAGAUUGUCCAGUGUUUGAUGGUCUAUAUGAGUUCUGUCAGCUCUCUGCGGGAGGAUCUGUUGCGGCUGCCGUUAAGUUGAAUAAACAGGCAUCUGAAAUUUGCAUCAACUGGGGCGGAGGGCUGCAUCACGCGAAAAAAUCUGAAGCAUCUGGUUUUUGCUAUGUCAAUGAUAUUGUUCUCGGCAUAUUGGAGCUGCUAAAGUACCACCAGCGCGUGCUUUACAUUGACAUAGACGUCCACCAUGGAGAUGGGGUGGAAGAAGCGUUCUACACUACUGACAGAGUCAUGACUGUGUCCUUCCACAAGUAUGGAGAAUAUUUUCCUGGCACUGGGGAUCUACGUGAUAUCGGAGCUGGUAAAGGCAAGUACUACGCAGUGAAUAUCCCACUUCGGGACGGAAUGGACGACGAGUCUUACGAGUCUAUUUUCGUUCCCAUUAUUUCCAAAGUCAUGGAGACCUUCCAACCCAGUGCAGUGGUAUUGCAGUGUGGAGCCGAUUCACUUACUGGUGACAGAUUGGGAUGCUUCAACCUAACAGUGCGUGGCCAUGGCAGAUGCGUUGAGCUUGUGAAGAGAUUUGGUCUUCCAUUCCUACUUGUGGGUGGAGGAGGUUAUACAAUCCGUAACGUAUCACGUUGUUGGACAUACGAGACUUCGGUGGCGUUGGGCGUUGAGAUAGCAAACGAGUUGCCAUACAACGAUUACUUUGAAUACUUUGGACCGGACUUCAAGUUGCACAUCUCCCCCAGCAAUAUGUCCAAUCAGAACACAACUGAAUAUCUAGACAAAAUCAAGAACAGACUGUUUGAGAAUCUCCGCAUGUUACCGCAUGCGCCUGGAGUUCAGGUGCAAGCUAUCCCAGAAGACGCCGUCAAUGACGAAUCCGAUGACGAAGAUAAAAUUGAUAAAGAUGAACGUCUGCCACAGAGUGAAAAGGACAAGCGUAUAACAGGAGAUGGCGAAUUAUCAGAUUCUGAAGAUGAAGGCGAAGGCGGAAGAAGAGACAACCGGUCUUAUCGAGCACCUCAGAGGAAGAGACCGCGCCUCGACAAGGAUAACGCUAAGGAUGAUAUCAAAACGGAGGACAACAAAGAAGACGUCAAAAACAUUAUAAAUAUGGAAGAACCAAAGAAAGAGUUGCCGCCCAACGCUUGAUGAGUACGUACAUAAAAAAUUGAGAGAUUGUUUUUGCUACCAAUAUCGGAAUGAAUACAUGUGUAUUGAAUGAUAUUAUAAUUUGUAAGAUCUCUGAUCAAUAUGUGUAUUAUUUAUUCUGAUAUAAAAUAGUCACUUGGUUAAAACGCAUAAAAUUUACCAUAGUAACAUUGUGUGUGUAAAAUUUUAGUAAAACGCGUUUAAAUCCGACAAAACUAGCAGGAUAAAUUGUAUAUAAUAUUUUCAUAUUUCUAUUUGUUUAAGUGUUCGUUAUAAAUAUGAAUUUUGUCAUAUAGCAUAGAAUGUAACUAAAAUAAUAGACUGGAGUUUUUUUAUUAUUCCGUGACAAAAACAGAAAUGUCGUGUAGUAGCAAAACAUUUCUUAACUCUAAAUAGUAUGUAUUAAAUUAAGUAUAUUUUUAAAUCAAAAUUAUUAACUGUCCAGAGUUUAUAAUUUAUGAUUGUCAAGUAAUAAAGUCGUAAAGAGUAUACCAAGGGUAAGAUUUAUAGUCGAGACUUGCUAAAUACGAGUCCCGUAUGUUAAAAAUCUAUUUGAGUUAUACUUAGCCGUAAGUCUCGACUCGUGACUUUUACCCUAAACUUCGAUAUUUCGAAAGUUUUGUUAAGGUGUAAUAACUAAGGCAUUACGUUUGGUUACUAAUUCCAGUCUGCUUAAUGCAAGCUAAAAAUCACAUACUAAAUCUGUCUACCAAAAUUUAUCAAAAUGGUGAACAUUACUGAUUUUUACUCGAAUGUAUUUUUUAUAUAUUUCAUCAUGUUGUAAAGUAUGUAUAUUAAAAUAUAUGUGAAUGUAAUGAGUAUGACAAUUUCGGGUUCCAUAUUUAAAAUAACAAUCGUAACGUGACCAUAAUUCCAUACUUUACGAAUGAUAUUAUAUGAUCCCGUCAAAGACUACUAUAUUUCUCGAAUGAUUUAUCAAUGAGGUUUUUAUGUCUUUAAGAACACACUGUUUUAUAUCUUAACAAUAAUUUCACAGAUAUAAUUAGUUCCGAAUACUGAUAACUAGAUUUAAAAAGCAUUUUGUCAGAUUAGUGUUACAUGUCAUUUAAGUGAAUUAAAAUUGCUAUACCAAAUUAUACUAAAAUAAUUCAACAUUAAAAAUUUUAACAACAAAUUAGUCGCGAUAAUAUGAUCUUUCGUGAGCAUCACAAUCAAAUAUACUGACAAGAUUGAAACAGAUUUAAUUAACACAACUAUUUUAUAUUUGAAUUUUCUACCAUUUUGAGACCAAUUUUAGUAUAAUUUGUGACUAGAAUUAUUAAUGUCUGUUAGACGUAUGUUUUGGGGCGUUUUCCGACUUUUUCUGAAUUAUAACAUCUGAAAAUUACUGCUUGUAAUUGUCAGAUAGUUUUGUAUUACGAAAUGUACAAAAUAAUGUCACAUGUUUCCUACUUAGUUAAGUGUUAGUAGUAAUUUUUUCUAUUCAUAGAACCUAAAAUUCCAUAAUGUAAUUUUCAAAGCCUGUGUAUGCGUAAACAAAAUUUAGCCUCUAUUGUGACCAUCAUUAACACGACAUAACAAAACUAUUCUCUGAUUUUCUAAUUCUGUAGAAUUCUGACAGCUAUCAUUUUUUGACAGGUAAGAGAUUACUAUCUUUUUGCCGGGCACAUUUUUCAAUUUCAAUACGAGUCUUGACAUCUAAGUCUAUACAUACAUUUUAUUUGUUAGUGAAUGUAUCUAUUUUAUUUAAUGCGGUGCUCCACAUUAAAAUUGGUUUUACGGCGAGUUAUAAUUAUCUCCCUUUUCAUCACAAAAAGUAAAAAACGCGACGUAACCGCUAACAUUUUAUUAUUUAAAACGGUUUACUAAACCUGGAAUAGGCAGUCAGCUAAAGAAUAUAUAGAAUUAACUUUAAGUUAUUUCGAUAUAUUGUUAGUGAUAUUGAAAUAUUUGUCAUUUUUGUAUUAGGUUACUUGAGUAAGUAAAUAUUAAGAUGGUAAAUCAUAAAAAAUACGUAGCAUUUUAUUUUUUAUUGCUGUGAAAUAGGUCAAAAUUUCUCUUUUUCGAUGGAGAACUUUUUUAGUUCACUUAUGAUAUGUCAGAAUUCUACAGAAUGAAAAAUCAGAGUAUAGCAAUUAAAUUUGACAUAUGUCAAGAGAUAAGUAUAUGGUACGUUGACUUGACACCUCUAAUCCAAAUGUGGAGAAAUUUAAUUAUCAGUACCAGUACUAUGCAUUUAACAAAAAUUUAUUUAACGGAUCAUUUUCAUUACUCUAUUUAUAUACAUGUUGCAAUUGGAUUUCAGUAAUCAUGCUAAGCAACUCGCAACAGUUAAGUAAAUAAUAUAUGUUCAGGUUUUAAUCACUUAAAUAAGUUUAAAUUCAUUUAUAGUACUUUUGAAAAGUCCUGAACACAAGAAUUUAAUAAAUUCUUCCCUCUAUACGCGAGCGCUUAAAUCCUUAUUUUGUUACUAAAUACUAUGGUGAGCGUUUUACUUGGAAAAUACAAGACGACUAGUUCGCCUAAUUAUUUUCACUGCAUUUUUGUAUUUAUAUACGGUUAUCUUUUUUAAUUGCGGUCAGCGAAUUUGUGUCUGUUAACUAUGUUUCCACUAAAUGAAUUAUAAUGAAUUCCAAAUAUAUUUCACAUUGACAAUGGAAAAUAGUUUGUAAAAUUUAGUCCUUGGAAUUUUUGUCGUGAGAUUAUCAAUCGUUAAUCUCCAUGGAAUUUAGAUAAGACUGUAAAUAUUUUUCUAUGUUAAUAUAAGAAUGU